AGCAUGUGUAUUUCUUGUUAGGUCCUAAAUUAGUCAUACACGGCUUAUAUUUGAAUUUUUAUUUAGUUUUAUAUAAUUAAAAUGUUUUACAAGUUAUUAUAGUUUAAUAGCUUCAUUAAACCAGUAAUUUUGGGGUAUAAUUUAUAGCACAAAUGAGCCAUUUUGUUAUACUUGUUGCUGAAAUUUACUAUGUUCAACUAUUUAUUACAUGACUUAUCAUAACAACCUAGUUACAUAACGUUUGGCAAUGGCACAAGAACCUGUUAUUGUUAAUGUGUAUGAUAUGUACUGGAUAAAUGAAUAUACAGCCACAUUAGGAAUUGGUGUUUUUCAUACUGGUGUACAAGUGUAUGGUACUGAAUAUGCUUAUGGUGGCCAUCCAUUUCCAUUUUCUGGAGUUUUUGAAAUUUCACCACGAGAUUCAGAUGAUUUAGGAGAACAGUUCAAGUUUAAACAAUCCAUCCGUUUAGGCUUUACAGAUUUCACACCAGAUGAUGUACGCAAGAUAUCUGAGCAGCUAGGAAAGGAGUUUCUUGGAAAUCAGUAUCAUCUGCUCAGCAAAAACUGUAAUCACUUCACUUCCACUCUAACACAGAUCAUAUGUGGUAAAUCACUACCUAACUGGGUAAACAGACUUGCAUAUAUGAGUUCCUGUAUACCUUUUAUUGAACGUGCUAUUCCCAAAGAAUGGCUGACACCUGCGGCUCUUCAAGCAGUCAUUCCAGAAUCGGCAGAUGAUGAUAAAAAACUCCCAUCUUUCAGUGGCCCCAUUAAGAGGUGAUAUCAGGGUACAUAAAUAUGGGACUCAUCAUUAGCCAUUGAAAUUGGACAUUUGCAACAGUUUUAUGAAUGAAAAAACUUACUUUGCACAAAAACAUUUUCAGUUUUAGUUCUGAAAAUUCUUACUUGAAACUGAACAGUUAAGAUAACUUUUUGGUUUUAUUUCCUUAUUACAUUAAUAACAUGGCAAAAUGUUUACAUGUGCUGCUGCUUACAGCUGGCAGUUGUAAUCAUUUUAUUUAUGUUUUUAUGUUAACAAGAAAACUAAAUUUUAUCUGUAAUUACUUAGAUUUUCAAUAUUUGAAUUGACCACUUGUAACUUAAUAUAUUAUUUCUGUUGAAUUUAUUAUUAUUUAUUUUAUAUUAUAUUCUGUCUCAAUUGAGAAAAAACGAUGUUUAUGUAUUCUUGAAAUUUGAUUGAUUCUUUUGACAUGGCUUCUUUCUUAUUAAUAUAUUAAUACAGGGUAUAUUGUCCAUCAGUAAUGCAAAAAGUUGUGUAGUGGAUAAAAGUGUGGGGCUGACAAGAUUGAUAGAUUUAUGCUGGCAUGGAGUUGGUUGUCGGUCAAAUCUAAUGAUAACGGCUAAAUGUCAGUUACCAGUUUUCAACAGUACUUACUUCUAGGAUGAAAGAUGUUUUCAAAGUUUGGUCUGCUAUCUGCUACUAGACUACAAUCCCAGCCAAUACAUCCCUGAACUUCAGUACAUUCACUAGCAUAGACUGGGAUUUUCCCCCCAAACCUGUCAUUAAUGUUUGGUAUAUUGUAUUUUUCAUAAAGACUGGAUUUGAAAACCAUGACAUGUUUAUUCACAUACAUCAUUCAAUAUAAGGCAUAGGUGCAUUACGGCUUAAAUAUCUAACAAUAAUUUUUACUGUUCAUUAAUCAUGGAGUACAUUAAUCACAGGAAUUGGACAAGAAAUAUGCGACCGGCCUUGGUGGCGUCGUGGUAGGCCAUCGGUCUACAGGCUGGUAGGUACUGGGUUCGGAUCCCAGUCGAGGCAUGGGAUUUUUAAUCCAGAUACAGACUCCAAACCCUGAGUGAGUGCUCC